AUGAAAACUUUAACAUUCCUAUUAUCUAUCCCUUAUAGAUUUUACAUUUAUCUCUCUGUUUCUUUCAUUCAAAUGCUCAAAGCUUUAAUGCGUGUCGCCGUUUACUCCAUCGGCGUUUUGUUGAAAAAAGACGGGUUUAAAGGCGAUACCAUGACUAACAUGCUAUCGAUCUCCUUCGGUGUCGCCAUUGCCGCUUACGGCGAAGCUAAAUUCAAUAGCUGGGGUGUCAUGUUACAGCUUGGUGCUGUUUGUUUCGAGGCUACCCGAUUAGUUUUGAUUCAGAUCUUGUUGACUUCUAAAGGCAUUACAUUCAAUCCAAUUACUUCUCUUUACUAUGUCGCUCCUUGUUGUUUUGCCUUCUUAUCUAUCCCUUGGAUCAUCGUUGAGUUUCCCAAACUCAGAGAUACCUCAAGUUUCCAGUUUGAUUACCUCAUCUUUGGAACAAAUUCUUUGUGUGCAUUCGCUUUGAAUCUUGCUGUGUUUUUACUUGUUGGAAAGACUUCAGCAUUGACGAUGAAUGUGGCCGGAGUUGUCAAAGAUUGGUUGUUGAUUGUGUUUUCUUGGUCUGUGAUCAAGGACACUGUGACCCCCAUUAAUCUACUCGGUUAUGGCAUUGCUUUCUUGGGUGUUGCUUAUUAUAAUCAUGCGAAAUUACAGGCACUUAAGGCUAAAGAAGUAGAAAAGAAGGCAACCCAGGUUGAUGAUGAAUCUGGUAAACUGUUAGAGGAGAAAAGUGCAGAAAAAUCUUCAGACAAUUGAUAUAUGAUUGGUUUAAGCCUAAUUACACAAAUUAGGAAAGGGAAUCAAGAUUAUGAGUUAGAAGCCCUAGAAUCUUUUUUUUGGUGUAUUUGUUAGUAAGUUAUUUAUAUGUGAUUUAACGUUUAUUUAUUUGAUGUUAUAUUGGGGUUUUGAGAGUAUUGAACUCUUGGUGCCAAUAUGUGCAAGUGACUAGAGAAAAAGACUUGUCUUUUAUAUGUUAUUUAUAUUUAAAGAUCCUUCAUUUGGUAAUGUAUUUAUCUCAAA